CUGGCUGUGGUAUUACUGUGGCUACAGUCGCUACGACAGGCUCAGCACAGGUCAUUUGCAUACUUUAUGACUCUAGGUAAAAAGGGACGGCAACCAUGAGAGGUAGGCAGGGAGUGUGUGUGAGAGAGGGGGAGAGAUAGAGGAAAAGAUAGUAAAAGCGUGGCUUUUUGCGUGAGUCAUAAGGGCUGGCAGUUAAAACUGGUCAAAUUCAUCUCUAGGCCAUAAGAUGAGCUGACAGGUGAAAGCCAAACAUCUUGGAGGGUUUAUUAAGUGGGCCAGUUGCCAUAGCGACGCUUUGGCAGGAUAUUGCCAGGAUAAGCCGUAAUGGGUCUCCUGACGCAGUUCACUCUGCUCCUGUGGAAGAACUUCACUCUCCGGAAGAGACAAAAGGUGCGACUGGUCGUAGAAGUGGUAUGGCCUCUGUUUCUCUUUUUCAUACUGGUGUGGGUGCGCUCCACCAAUAAGCCUUUUUACAAAGGUCAAUGCCACUACCCAAAUAAAGCCAUGCCAUCGGCUGGCGUGCUGCCCUGGCUUCAAGGUAUGAUGUGUAACAUCAACAAUCCCUGUUUGAACUAUCCAACGCCGGGGGAGACGCCAGGCCAAGUCAACAACUUCAACAACUCCAUAAUUGCUGGGAUGUUGAUAGAGCUGCAAACCCUCCUGGUGAACGGAUCUAUUCUCAGCAAGGCACAGUUGCUAUCAGAUGACAUCAACCAGUGGACUUCAGUCCUGUCACAGUCUAACCCUGCUAACGGUCAACCAGUGAUCCUAAGGAGUAUUCUAAGAGACAACGAAACUUUCUCCACUCAUCUGAAAGAGAAUUUGUCGGUGCCACCAGAAGUGGUCCAAAGCCUCAUGAAUGCUGAGAUUAAACUCAAUUCAAUGAUGGGCAUCCCGAGGCCAGGCAACCUCAGGAGCAUCCUGUGUGAGGGGACAGAUCUGGAUCAGUAUGUCCAAUUUAGCAGCCAAACUGAAAGGGAGGCUUUUCAAAAUGUCAGCUGCUCCCUCACUCCACAGCAGCUGAUUAACACCCAACAAGUACUCCUGCAAAACCUGGAUACAAGAAAAGUGCUUUCUGAGCUACCUUCAGCGUUGGAUCUAAAUGGAGCAGACACAGCAACAUUGAUGGGGAAAACCACUCAAAAUGCGUUACCAGUGAUUGAGGAGAUGGCCAGGUUGCAGAACUCUGAAAUCUUUAAGGCAGCAAGUUCAUUGGAUUUCCAAAGGGACAUGAUUGGCAGUAUCAAUAUGCUACUGUGCGAACAGCGGCCUGACUUCAAUUCCACCAAUAUGCCCGUCAGUUUAAGCUCACCUAGACAGAUGGCUAACAACAAGGCAAUCUCCAUUAUGGGCAUUAUGGGCAACAGUUCCGAUGAUUUUUGUCAGACUCUUGUCGACACCCUGGAGGGCACACCUGGUCUGCGCUACAUUUGGAGCACCUUCAAGCCGUUAUUGCAAGGGAAAGUCCUCUACACACCUGAUACACCCGCUGCUCGCCUCAUGGUGAAAGAGGCAAAUAGCACAUUCAACGCCUUGGCUAUGCUCAGAGAGCUCGCUGAUUCGUGGGAUGAACUCGGGCCACGUGUCUGGGAUUUCCUUCAAAAUAGCCCUCAAGUCAAUUCAAUACGGGCUUUGCUGGCGAAUCCAGUGUUUGCUGCUGUCCUCAACCAGCGUCUCAGCAGCACAGCGUGGACAGCCGAGCAGCUGGCCAACUUCCUUUACAAUGGGCCUCCGGAGGAUCGUCCACCCGACAUGCCGCCCUACGACUGGCGGAACGUUUACAACAACACUAGCCAAAUCCUGAAGCUUCUCUCGAACUUCCUUGGUUGUUUAGACCUGAAUAAGUUCGAGGCAGCCCCCACUGAAGGCCAUCUGGUGAGCAAAGCGCUGGAGCUUCUGAAGAAUGAUACAUACUGGGCUGGAGUCGUCUUUGAAAACCUCCAGCCAAACUCCAGCCACCCCCCUCCUUACGUAAAAUACAAAAUCCGCAUGGACAUCGAUGAGGCAGAGCGUACCAGCAAAGUGAAAGAGAGGUCAUGGUCUCCUGGGGCCCGGGACAACUCCUUUAACGACCUGCGCUAUAUAUGGGGAGGCUUCGCCUACCUGCAGGAUAUGAUGGACAAUGGCAUUAUACGAGUGCAAACGUCAAAGACCCAACCCCUUGGUGUUUUUGCCCAGCAAAUGCCAUACCCUUGCUUUGUGGAUGACGCUUUCAUCCAGAGUAUUGGUGGCAUCCUCCCCAUGUUCCUGGUGCUGGCCUUCAUGUACACUGUGUGCAUGACCAUCAAAGGCCUGGUGCUGGAGAAGGAACUCCGGCUCAAGGAAGUGCUGCGUGCUGUUGGCAUUCAAAAUGGCGCCCUUUGGUCUGCAACGUUCACAGAAAACAUUGUUCUGCUCACAGUUCCCUGUCUGCUCAUAAGUAUCAUGGUUAAGUAUGGCAAAGUACUGCAAUACAGCGACCCCUCAGUAAUCUUUGUCUUCCUGCUGGUGUUCUGCCUGGCCACCAUCACUCAGUGCUUCUUCAUUAGCGUCUUCUUCUCUAAGGCCAACUUAGCAGCGGCGUGUGGUGGCCUCAUCUACUUUGUCCUCUACCUGCCGCACGUCCUUUGCUACGCCUGGAGGGAUGUCAUGGGUUUCCAGGCCAAGGUUGUUGUGAGUUUAUUGUCAUGUGUGGCCUUUGGCUAUGGCUGCGAGAACUUUUCCAAGUAUGAGGAGCAAGGCAUCGGUAUCCAGUGGUACAACAUUAACAAGAGUCCAGAAGAAGGAGAACGCUAUACCUUCAUCGUGUCCAUCAUCAUGAUGCUAUUUGAUGCUGCUUUUUACUGGGUGCUCACCUGGUACAUUGAGAAUGUCUUUCCAGGCCAGUAUGGAAUCCCUAAGCCAUGGUACUUCCCUGUCACUGCAUCCUAUUGGUGUGGCACACCCUCAGUGACCGACGUUGACCCCGACUUGCUGAAGGAAUCCACUGUGCAUAACGAGUACCUGGAGAAACCACCACCAAACAUGAACGCAGGGGUCUCAAUCCGCAAUCUUGUUAAAAUCUACAAGACUGGAAAGAAGCUCGCCGUGGACGGCCUGAGCAUGGACUUCUACGAGAAUCAGAUCACAUCUUUUCUUGGCCACAAUGGAGCCGGAAAAACAACCACAAUGUCAAUUCUGACAGGACUGUUCCCACCUACAUCAGGAACAGCUCUCAUCAACGGAUAUGACAUCCGCACUGACAUGGACAGCAUCCGACAGUACUUGGGAAUGUGCCCACAGCACAAUGUCCUAUUCAACGAGCUGACAGUGGAGGAACACAUCUACUUCUAUGCCAGGCUGAAAGGACUCAGCCGCGAUGAAGUGAAAAUUGAGAUGGACCAGAUGAUUAAGGAUGUUGGUUUACCACAUAAGCGGAAGGAUCUCGCUAAGAACCUGUCAGGUGGGAUGCAGAGAAAGCUGUCUGUGGCUAUAGCAUUUGUCGGCGGCUCAAAAAUCGUCAUCCUAGAUGAACCUACAGCAGGAGUGGACCCCUAUGCCCGCAGGGGUAUCUGGGAACUGCUGUUGAAGUACAAGCAAGGUCGCACCAUCAUUCUGUCUACACACCACAUGGAUGAGGCAGACAUCUUAGGCGAUCGCAUUGCCAUCAUCUCCCAUGGCAAGAUGCGUUGCUGUGGCUCCUCACUCUUCCUAAAAAAAUGUUUCGGCAGCGGCUACUACCUCACUCUGGUCCGAGAUGGGACUGAAAAGAUGACGGCUCAGCGUAAUGGUAUCAUACACAGUCAGGCCAAAGAGGAGAAAGACUGUCCUUCAAGGAGAAGCAGCUUGGAUGAUGGCAUCGGCAGCCAAACCUGGAGCAACACUGAUCCCUCAGAUUUGACAGCUGUGGGUCAACUUGUGCGGCACCACAUCCCCGAGGCGGUCUUCUUGGAGAGCAUCGGUCAGGAGAUCACCUACAUACUGCCUUAUAGUGGAGCCAGAAAUGGGACCUUUGCCCUGCUCUUCCAAGAGCUCGACCUGGCCAUGGCUGACCUCGGCCUGACCAGCUACGGCAUCUCUGACACCACGCUGGAAGAGAUAUUUCUUAAAGUGGCAGAAGAUACGGGAGUGGAUGCCGAAAUACCAACAACAAAGGAGCUGUUGGUGAGAGACUGCAAAAGAAGCUCCUGCGCAUCCAAGCGGAACAGCAUCGCCAGCGUCCACAUUAAAACAGAACACGUCUCUGAAAUGAGUGAUUUGAAGGAGAGGUUCACAAGCAAAGUAGAAGACGUGCAGAAGAUCGCCAGUGUCAGUGGGAAGGGAUCCACAGUCAUCACCGGAUGGAAGCUGAUCAGGAGGCAGUUCCUGGCGCUCUUUAUCAAGCGCUUCCACUACGCCCGAAGGAGCCGUAAGGGACUCAUUGCCCAGGUGGUCUUGCCUGCUGUUUUUGUGUGCCUGUCUCUGAUCUUCUCGCUCAUCGUCCCACCGUUCACUGAAUACCCGAGUCUGGAGCUGCAACCCUGGAUGUACGGUCUGCCUCAAACCACCUUCUACAGCAAUGAUGGGCCAGAUAAUGUGGAGGUGACUCAGGUGGUGGAAACCUUGGUGAACACGCCUGGUUUUGGGACUCGCUGCAUGACUGGAGACCCAAUACCGAAGUUGUCAUGUUCUUCUCGUGGCUCUAAUUGGAUGACUCCAACCGUGGAUCAGUCCAUCACGGACAUCUUCCUCAAUGGAAACUGGAGCAUGUCUAACCCCUCCCCCUCCUGUCAGUGCAGCACGCCCAAACGGACGAUCAUGUUACCUGACUGUGCCCCCGGUGCAGGAGGGCUCCCUCCACCUCAGAGGAUCCAGAACACAACAGACACGUUGUUGAAUUUAACUGGACGGAACAUGACGGACUUCUUGGUCAAGACUUUCGAGCACUCGGGUAAAACAAGGUAUGGUGGCAUCUCUGUCGGAGGAGUCAACUCCCAAGUCCGACUGACAGAGGCAGCAAUCGAAGCUGCAUUCAGGGAUCUCAAAGACCUAUUCAGUUCAUUUCAGGAUAAUGUGACUGAUCAGAUCUUCCCAAAGGCUGAGACGCUGCUGAAGAAGCUGGGGACCAGGGACAACGUAAAGGUGUGGUUCUACAACAAGGCAUGGCAUGGCAUGCCGUCCUUCCUCAGUGCGGCCAACAACGCCAUCCUUAGGGGAAAUCUGCCGGCAGGACAGGACCCCCGUCAGUAUGGCAUCUCUGUGUCCAAUCAUCCCCUUAACCUCACCAAGGAGCAGCUCUCCUAUGCUGCAAUGGCCACAACCUCGACUGACGUGGUGGUGUCCAUCUGCGUUAUUUUUGCCAUGUCCUUCAUCCCUGCCAGCUUUGUCCUCUUCCUCAUCCAAGAGAGGGUGAACAAAGCCAAACAUCUGCAAUUUGUUAGUGGAGUAAACCCAGCUGUCUACUGGUUGGCCAAUUUUGCCUGGGACAUGUGCAACUACAUCAUCCCGUGCUUGAUUGUGAUUGUGAUCUUCCUCUGCUUCCAACAAAAAUCCUACGUUUCACCUGCUAACCUGCCGGCUCUGAUUCUCCUGCUUAUUCUGUAUGGGUGGUCCAUCACGCCCCUGAUGUACCCCGCCUCUUUCAUCUUUAGCGUGCCCAGCACAGCCUACGUGGUGCUGACCUGCAUCAACCUCUUCAUUGGUAUUAACGGCAGCGUGGCCACCUUUGUCAUGGAGCUCUUUGAUGAUGAUAAUGUCUCCCGCAUCAACAACAUAGUGAAGCAGGUGCUGCUGAUAUUCCCACAUUUCUGUCUGGGCAGAGGGCUAAUUGACAUGGCCAAGAACCAGGCAAUGGCCACCCUCUUCAGUAACUUUGGGGAAGACCGCUUCAAGGACCCACUGAGCUGGGAAAUGGUGGGAAAGAACCUUUGCGCCAUGUCAAUCCAGGGACUUGUCAUGUUUGCCAUCACACUCCUCAUCCAGUACAAGUUUUUCUGCAAACCAAGGCUUAUUUCAGCGAAGUCAUUAUCUGCAGAAGAAGAGGAUAUCGAUGUUGCUCGGGAACGUAAGCGGGUGUAUGAAGGGAGGGCCCAGAAUGACCUUCUGAGGAUCUGUGACCUUACCAAGGUAUACCCUCGGAAGAGCACUCCUGCUGUGGACAGGCUAUGUGUGGGCGUACCUGCCGCAGAGUGCUUCGGGUUGCUGGGAAUCAACGGGGCUGGGAAAACCACCACGUUCAAGAUGUUGACAGGAGACAUCCCAGUCUCCAGUGGAGAGGCCUUCCUAAAUGGAUACAGCAUACGAACAGAAAUGAGGGACGUGCACCAGAACUUGGGCUAUUGUCCCCAGUUUGAUGCUAUCGAUGACCUCCUGACCGGAAAAGAGCAUCUGGAGUUUUACGCCAGGUUACGAGGGGUACCAGAAAAAGAAGUCUCCAUGGUGGCCGAGUGGGGGAUCCAGAAGUUGGGGCUGGUGAAAUAUUCCAACAAGUCAGCAGGAACCUACAGCGGCGGGAACAAACGCAAACUUUCUACAGCCAUAGCCCUGAUCGGUUGUCCUUCUGUGAUUUUCCUGGAUGAGCCAACCACUGGGAUGGACCCCAAAGCGCGACGCUUCCUGUGGGACUGCAUCCUGAGUAUCAUCAGAGAGGGACGCUCAGUUAUUCUCACAUCACACAGUAUGGAGGAGUGUGAAGCACUGUGCACACGCAUGGCCAUCAUGGUAAACGGUCGCUUCAAGUGUUUUGGGAGCAUCCAGCAUCUGAAGAGCAGAUUCGGUGAUGGCUACACAGUGAUUGUGAGGGUUGGCGGCUCUCCUCCUGCACUGAAGCCAGUCGAGGACUUCGUCCAGCAUACCUUCCCAGGCAGCAUCCUGAAGGAGAAGCAUCACAACACACUGCAGUAUCAGCUCCCAUACACGCAGGGAGCUUUGGCCAACAUCUUCAGCCAGUUCACCAGCCAUCAGCAGAGGCUGGGUGUGGAGGACUACUCUGUGUCCCAGACCACUCUGGAUCAGGUCUUUGUGAGUUUCGCAAGGCACCAGCAUGUGGAGAAUGAGGCUUAUGAAAACCCGGUGGACACUUCAGAUGAGAUCCCGUUGGAGUCUGUGAAGACCUCCGAAGAAGCGGAGAAGGUGUAACACCUAUAAGAAAAUCAUAACACAUUGCAGUUACAGUGGGCCAACAAUAUACAAAUAAACUUGUCAGACUUUUUGCACUUCCUAUUUCAGUCCCCAAGCGCACCAGUGGUGCUAGUGUUGGUCAACAAUGGCAUUUAAUUUUUUGUUUUAUUUAUUUCCAUACAAGCAUAAUCAUCUCCAACAUUACUGUAAUUAACUGCAAUAACAUAACACCCCAGCUUAUGAAGGUUUUUCUGUCUAUAAAUCCUGCAAAUCCUACAUAGUAAGUGUCUUGAUGCAAGAAAGAAUAAGGAAGGCCACUGCACUACAAUCAAGAAAAAUCUAACUACAUUUCAGAAAAUAUGAAUCAAUUUCCCUUUGAAAAAUGAAAUAUUCUUACUGCAUUGGCAGAUUUUUUCACUUUAAGUAAAAUACACCUUAAGAACUUAAUUACAGACAUAAAUCUAGUGUACAUUGUGGUUUUAAUACUGUAUUUCACAAAGUUUUCAAAAACUGAGCCGCCAGUUGGAUUUUGUUUGGAGUAUAUUGCUGACCUUAGUAUACCUCAGGAGUGUGAAAAGACCAAAUGAUUCUCCAAAAGCAUCACAAAUUGCACAGCCUUUAGGAUACCUCAGGAUUGAACUUCAAAUUUAAUGAUAUUUUAGAUUUGUUUACACUUGCUGUUGGUUAUAAUGAUGAUAUGUUGCACUGUAAAACCAUGCAAAAGAGAAGAGCUAUCAGAUGUAAGGCUCACUGCUGCGUUUGAUUACUGAUAUUAAAGAAUAUCAACAGGCGACAAAUGUAAGAAUAUUCUGAGAACACAAAUUCCAAAAGACAUUAAACCACAGUUAGUUCUAUUGCUUUCGCUGACAGGCACUUUAAUAAUAAGUAAUUAUUAAAUACAACAUUGUCAGAUGUGUUAACUGUGAAUAUCUGAAUGAGCCUCCAAUGAGCUGUAGAUGGUGUUCAAUUAAAGACACUGAGGUUGCAGCAGUGGGACAAUUCAGAGUCAACCAGCUGUCAAACAUGUUGGGUGUGCAAGAAAGACAGCCCAUCCCAUGUGUGUACUAACCACAGCUUACAGACAACUGCAACUGCAUUCAACUCAGCAAUCGAUGAAUGUAAGUGUACACAUAUCAGGAAGAUCUCUCAAGAAUUAUGAAUGAGCAGGAAGAGAUUUAUAUUUUAUAAGAUUUUUAAUGCAUUGCCUUCUGAAAUCUAUUUUAUUUAUGACUUUUUCUUUGCGGAAUCUAAACAUGACAUUUAUCACUGAGAUUUGUUUUUUAUGUCAUAGGGCAUGCUGGUAUUGGCACUGGUGUGUUAAUCUAUUACCACCAGAGACCAGUAUCACAGAAUAUAGCACUCCGUCUCAUGCACAGAGCUGUGCAGUUAAAGUGAAUACAUUUUGUCACAAUGUGCCUUUUAAACAUCCAGGGAUAGCUUUGAAACACUUUGAUCCUUGAAUUUACAAUGUUAAGAUGUGGAAACUAUGUUAUAUUAUGCAAGUAUAUAGACCAUCUCAUCAGAAUUGACCAUUUGCUAAGCCCCGUCCAAUUUAGUUACUGUUGCUAUGCCCGUCAAGUUUACCAUUUGCAUAUUUGCAGUUUACAAUGAUAAAAUUGAUGAAUUUACCACUCAAAAUGUAUAGUAACUUUUAAAACAUUGGGUCCUUGAUUGAAAUCACCCCAUGCUCAGACUGUUAGCUUACAUGCAUGUUCAGAUUUUUAGGCAUUAUGUUUUCACUUUUAACUUUCAAGGGAAAGGUUUUUAGGAUUACAACUAACAUUUGUCAUUUGUUUGGGAAACGUAAUGCCAUCUUGGGUAACAUUGGCUGGGGUUGCUGGAGUGUAAACAUCCUCAAAUCCAAUUAAGAGCGGGGCACAGCUGCUAACAUUAGCCUAUAAACUCUGAUAGCAUCCAGAGUAUGACUAGCUUACACAGUGAAUGUGCCAGUCAUGAAAUGGGCUUUUUUGAGUAACCUGUAACAAACUAUGUAGGUAGUUAAUGAUAUGCUUACUAUGGCCUUGAAAUAAACUCUAGGUUACUACUGUAAGUAUAGCUAGUUAGCUAAACAUGCUAACAGCUGUGUUUAAGCAGAUAAACACAGUUUAUUUUUAUCCAUUCCUUAAACUUUUGUGAAUUUGGAAAGAUUUGACAAAAAAAAAAAACAUCCACAAACCUCCAAACUCUUUAUAUGCCAAAUAUUGCUCUUUCUACUGCCCCAUGCUUCGUAUAACCAGAGCUUAACAGGUACCUACAGCAGAUUGCUAAGCUAUGAUUGUUUAGCAAAUGGUCAAUUAUAUUACUGGUUAACUGCCAUUUAUAUCAGUUAUUGAUAAUAGAAAAAGAGCAACAAAUGAUGUAAAAUGGCAAUUUGUCAUUCAUGUUUGAAUUACACUUAAACGGUCAUUCAAGAUUCAAGAGGUUUAUUGUCAUAGCUGUAAUAUGUUGCAAAUAUACUGUAUAUCUCUGUAUACUGUAAAAUGUCACUCAUGAAUGUUUUAUGUGCAAUUUUCACUCAGGAAUAUGUAGAUCUAAAUGCAAAGAGUUAUUAAUAGCUACAUUCUUAUUAUUUUCAACAUUCUGUGCUGUACUGUAAAACAUUGAGCCGUUGUAAGUGUCCAACAAUUAAAAAUCCCAAUGCUCAUUACUCAUGCUUAGCUUACAUUACUUGGCACUUACUUCAGAAUGUAAAUACUUCUUCAAUUCGCCCCUCACAGGCACUCCGGUUUACUUUGAGAGCUUGACAUAAUUUGUAUGCUGUGCUAAGUCCUCACAUUACUAUCAUGCCCGUUGCAAAGAAUAAUGAAUCCUAUUUGUACUGAAUAUUGCCUCAUGCCAAGACAAACGAUUAAACAUUUGCACAAAUUGUAA